GGCAUUUCUGGGUUUGCCUUGUGUAUUAGUACACCGUGACUGGCAGUUGCAAAAGGCAAUAUGAACAUUGCAUAAUAACUUACAUCUGAAUCAAAGAACAAACCAACUUGGGGAUUCGGUUUCUUUUCUUAUCUUCCUCAUAGAUCAAUGCCAUUUAAACACACUCAUACAAUCAUCUCAAUAACCAGAGGCUCUUUGUUGUUCAAUAUCCUUCAUCUCAUGGCAAUCCCAGAAUCACAAGAAACCAUAAUCCCACUGAUAGACUCAUCAGAAACACAACCAAACACAGAACCAGAUGAUGAUACCCAUCUUGAUCACACUCUCUCCCGCUUUGAAAACUUCCUCAGGCUCUUUGGUUUCUGCCAGUAUUCCUUUUGGAGCUUCAGCCUCUCAUGGCUUGCAUUCCUUCUUGUGGGUGUUGCGCUACCUAUGAUACUUAUUGAGAUAUUUCAAUGUGCCAACUGUGAAAAGUAUCAGAUCAAAAGCUUUGAGCUUGAGAUUCUCGUUUGCGAGUCUCUAGUGGCUGCAGUUUCUUUGCUUUGUAUUUCUCACAACCUCCGCAAGUAUGGAGUAAGAAAGUUCUUGUUUGUGGAUAGGUAUCAUGGCCAUAUGACUCAGUUCCAUGAUGAAUAUAUACGAAAGAUCAAUGGUUUCUUUCACUUGCUGUUAGUGUGGCUACUGCCUUGCUUCCUUCUCAAGACUGCUCGUGAAAUCACUCGAGUUGCUUCUGUUCCCCAAGAUUCACGGUGGAAAUCUGUUGCUGUUUUACUUGCUUUCCUUGUGUCGUGGAUGUAUUCCAAUGUCAUAUUCCUAUCAGGCAGUUGUUUGUUCAAUUUGGUAUGCAAUUUGCAAGUCAUACACUUUGAUAACUAUGGGAAGCUCUUAGAAAUGGAUAUAGAUGUUUCUGCAUACAUUGAGGAACACAUUCGUCUAACGCACUAUCUAUCCAAGAUUAGCCACAGAUUCCGAAUCUAUCUCCUUCUUCAACUUUUACUAGUCACAGCCAGCCAGUUUGUGGUUCUUCUGGAGACAACUGAGAACAGCAAACUCAUCAAUCUCACCAAUGGAGGAGAUUUUGUGGUCUCCUCAAUUGUUGAGCUUGUUGGGAUAAUCAUAUGCCUGCAAGCAGCUGCAAAGAUUUCACGUAGAGCUCAAGGACUUGCAUCAGUAACUAGCAGAUGGCACGCUAUGGUCACGUGUAGCUCCGGCGACCCUUCUCAAAUGGGUGUUGAUAAUGAUACAGAAAACUUGGAGACCUCAUAUCCAGCUGGUUCAUUGCCCAUAAACUACUCAGAGACUGAUCUGGAGUCCAUUGAUUAUGUGCCAGUGCCUACAAAUACACAACUAGCUUCAUACAUGUCCAUGUAUCACAAAAGAGAAGCUUUUGUUUCCUAUAUGCAGUCCAACCCCGGCGGUGUUACCAUAUACGGAUGGAGGACUGAUCGGGCACUAAUCAAUACAAUCUUCUUCGUUGAGCUCUCCCUCGUUCUUUUUGUGCUUGGGAAGACAAUAACCUUCACCACUAAAUGACUUAUGAACUCUGGUGUUAUUCUGCUGAAUUUUAGGGGCACAGGAGUAACAUAGGCAAUGCAGUCGGUAAUAUUCUCAUAAGAAUUAGUUGAUUUUUUCAUCAAUUCAGUUGUAUCAAACGGGAACACACAUUUCUUAUACGUUACUGUGCAUCAACAGUACUUAACAAGGUAUAUUUCCCUGAAUUUGAUGAGUUUUACAUAAAAGUCCAACCUAACGAGAAAACCAUUCAAUACUACUAACACAGCCCUUGGAAAUGGGAUUUUGAUAUAUAUUCGUUUCACAGAUCUUCAUAGAACAUGCAAGGUAUUCUCUGUACAAAAUAUUUUUUGUGGCAUUUAAAUAUGCAUCCUGGAAAAUGAAAUCCGAGUUAUAUGCUUGACAGGAAACUCUUGGUCCAAUCUUGGUCCAUAUCUUUCAGGGAAUCCAUCCCCACAAGUAAAAAUGGAAAACAUGAAUAGCUGCUCCUGUUGCUCUAUGUUUCACGAACCUACUAAAUGUUGCAAAACCUUUUAUUUUUAUUUUUCCUAACUACACCAAGGUACACAAUAGCUGAAAAGUAGAUCAGAACCCCCGGACUAGUAAAAUAUAUUUGGAAGGCAACCUUACCGGCCGAGUAGCGAAGGCAGCAGAACUCUUAACUCACCAGAGGAAGGUCAUUCCUAAAUCAUGAAUGAACACUGGAGACAAAUUGGUAGAAGUCAAAAACCAACAACACAAAGAUGAACUGAAAAUAAGAACAAAAUCAAACCCAAAGGUAUUAACCAAGAUAGAACCCUGAAACACGCGAUUACCAUAGAAUCCGAGUACCUAUAGGAAAUGACACGGCUUAAGAGCAAUAACAGGGGGAAAUGCACUGCAUAGUGGGUGAACUUCAAACCAGUUAGUUCUAAAGUAAAUUUGCCUCCCAUCAAGAAUGAGACUUGACAGGAAUUUCCAUUGAACUUACACUUUUAAAGUUGUAUAUGUGACACUUUAAAAUUAUGAACUGACAAUUGCAUGUCACGCCCUCAUCGGUAAUAAAACAACUUACAUCCGCAUAACCAAGUCUGAAAUGCAGUAUUGCAUCCUCCACUGCUAUUUAGGCCCAGAAUCACUUGCAAACAAAGUAUAAACAAAAAUAAAGAGUAAACAAAGGGUUUAAAGAGAGAUAUGAGCAUUAGAACAAUGCAUCCAAUUAUGUACUCCAAAUUUAAGCAAAAGUAUACAAUGGUUGAAAUAUGGAAUAGAAUUUUGAGUGUUUACUGUUUUUCUCAACAUUACUCCAGACCUUAUAGGCAGUCCGUGAAACCUUGCAACUCCUUCUGUGUAGCUUCACGAGGAUCAAGCUGGCUU